AGGGUCUGGUUUCCUCAUUUCCGGGUCUGUCAUGUGAUUCUCCGGUCGCGCCAUGGCGGAAGCAGAGGAGCAGGAAACCGGGUCCCUUGAAGAAUCUACAGAUGAGUCUGAGGAAGAAGAGAGCGAAGAGGAACCCAAGCUGAAGUAUGAAAGGCUUUCCAAUGGAGUAACCGAAAUUCUUCAGAAGGAUGCAGCUAGCUGCAUGACAGUCCAUGACAAGUUUUUGGCAUUGGGCACACAUUAUGGCAAAGUUUAUUUACUUGAUGUCCAGGGGAACAUCACUCAGAAGUUUGAUGUAAGUCCUGUGAAGAUAAAUCAGAUUAGCUUGGAUGAAAGUGGAGAGCACAUGGGCGUGUGUUCAGAGGAUGGCAAGGUGCAGGUAUUUGGACUGUAUUCUGGAGAAGAAUUUCAUGAGACUUUUGACUGUCCAAUUAAAAUUAUUGCUGUGCACCCACAUUUCGUGAGAUCCAGUUGCAAGCAGUUUGUGACCGGAGGGAAGAAGCUGCUGCUGUUUGAACGGUCGUGGAUGAACAGAUGGAAGUCCGUUGUUCUGCAUGAAGGGGAAGGGAACAUAAGGAGUGUGAAGUGGAGAGGCCAUCUGAUUGCUUGGGCCAAUAAUAUGGGUGUGAAGAUUUUUGACAUCAUCUCAAAGCAAAGAAUCACCAAUGUGCCCCGGGAUGAUAUAAGUCUUCGCCCAGACAUGUAUCCCUGCAGCCUCUGCUGGAAGGACAAUGUGACACUGAUUAUUGGCUGGGGGACUUCUGUCAAGAUAUGCUCAGUGAAGGAACGGCAUGCCAGUGAAAUGAGGGAUUUGCCAAGUCGAUAUGUUGAAAUAGUGUCUCAGUUUGAAACUGAAUUCUACGUCAGUGGACUUGCACCUCUCUGUGAUCAGCUUGUUGUACUUUCCUAUGUAAAGGAGAUUUCAGAAAAAACGGAAAGAGAAUACUGUGCCAGGCCUAGACUGGACAUCAUCCAGCCACUUUCUGAGACUUGCGAAGAGAUCUCUUCUGAUGCUUUGACAGUCAGAGGCUUUCAGGAGAAUGAAUGUAGAGAUUAUCAUUUAGAGUACUCUGAAGGGGAAUCACUUUUUUACAUCGUGAGUCCAAGAGAUGUUGUAGUGGCCAAGGAACGAGACCAAGAUGAUCACAUUGACUGGCUCCUUGAAAAGAAGAAAUAUGAAGAAGCAUUGAUGGCAGCUGAAAUUAGUCAAAAAAAUAUUAAAAGACAUAAGAUUCUGGAUAUUGGCUUGGCAUAUAUAAAUCACCUGGUGGAGAGAGGCGACUAUGACAUAGCAGCGCGCAAAUGCCAGAAAAUUCUUGGGAAAAAUGCAGCACUCUGGGAAUAUGAAGUUUAUAAAUUUAAAGAAAUUGGACAGCUUAAGGCUAUUAGUCCUUAUUUGCCAAGAGGUGAUCCAGUUCUGAAACCACUUAUCUAUGAAAUGAUCUUACAUGAAUUUUUGGAGAGUGAUUAUGAGGGUUUUGCCACUUUGAUCCGAGAAUGGCCUGGAGAUCUGUAUAACAAUUCAGUCAUAGUUCAAGCAGUUCGGGAUCAUCUGAAGAAAGAUAGUCAGAACAAGACUUUACUUAAAACCCUGGCAGAAUUGUACACCUAUGACAAGAACUAUGGCAAUGCUCUGGAAAUAUACUUAACAUUAAGACAUAAAGACGUUUUUCAGUUGAUCCACAAGCAUAAUCUUUUCAGUUCUAUCAAGGAUAAAAUUGUUUUAUUAAUGGAUUUUGAUUCAGAGAAAGCUGUUGACAUGCUUUUGGACAAUGAAGAUAAAAUUUCAAUUAAAAAGGUCGUGGAAGAAUUGGAAGACAGACCAGAGCUGCAGCAUGUGUAUUUGCAUAAGCUUUUCAAGAGAGACCACCAUAAGGGGCAGCGUUACCAUGAAAAACAGAUCAGUCUUUAUGCUGAAUAUGAUCGACCAAACUUACUUCCCUUUCUCCGAGACAGUACCCAUUGCCCACUUGAAAAGGCUCUUGAGAUCUGUCAACAGAGAAACUUUGUAGAAGAGACGGUCUAUCUUCUGAGCCGAAUGGGUAAUAGCCGAAGUGCCCUGAAGAUGAUUAUGGAGGAAUUACAUGAUGUUGAUAAAGCAAUCGAAUUUGCCAAGGAACAAGAUGAUGGAGAGCUGUGGGAAGAUUUGAUUUUAUAUUCCAUCGACAAACCACCAUUUAUUACUGGCUUAUUAAACAACAUUGGCACACAUGUUGACCCAAUUCUACUGAUUCACCGUAUUAAGGAAGGAAUGGAGAUUCCCAAUUUGAGAGAUUCCUUGGUUAAAAUUCUGCAAGACUACAAUUUGCAAAUUCUGCUUCGUGAAGGCUGCAAGAAGAUUCUCGUAGCUGACUCUUUGUCCUUACUGAAGAAAAUGCACCGAACUCAAAUGAAAGGUGUUCUUGUUGAUGAGGAGAACAUCUGUGAGUCGUGCCUUUCCCCUAUUCUUCCAUCAGAUGCAGCUAAGCCCUUCAGCGUGGUGGUCUUCCAUUGCCGGCACAUGUUCCACAAGGAGUGCCUGCCCAUGCCCAGCAUGAACUCUGCUGCACAGUUCUGCAACAUCUGCAGUGCUAAGAACCGUGGACCAGGAAGUGCAAUUUUGGAGAUGAAAAAAUAGCUCAUUUCUGCUUGUCAGUCUCCUCGUCACCACUCUUUUUGAGACUGUUUUUGCAACAACGAAAGCAUUUGUUGACACUCGUGCUGUUAAGAGAUUUGUUUAUGUUUAUAUUAUGCUCAGAAACAGUUUCUUCAUCUAUUCCUGUACUAAUGGUUUCUCUUUGCAGUUGACAGAGAAUUUGGGGCUCUCUUCAUGCCUUGAAAUUUUGGGGUCCAUAGUCCAUAUUUUGUUAUUUAUUUGUUUGGCUCAUUCUUUAUAUAGUAAUGGAAACAUAAGUCUAGGAGUUAGAAAUGAAUUUUUUAGACCUUAGUAAAACCAUUUAACCAUAAAGUGGACUACUGAGAAUUCUCCCAGCUGCCUGAAAGUGUCGCCAACUGUGGUUAUCCUGCAAGCUACUACCUGCAACCUGGAUCUUGUUUCCAUGUGCUCUGCUGGCUACCAUUCUUGCAUUCUGGGUUUGACUUUUUUCUAUGUCAUCAUCUAUGGUUAUCCUCUAAAUAGGCAUUUAAUGAAACAUUGUACAAAUUGUCACUCAUUUGGUGACAUCUGGGAAUAACAUUAGCAGGCUGAUGUCCUCCACCAUUAUGUUUACUAAUCACAUGUUCUGUGUGCUCUGACGACUGGCAGAUUAUCCGGCCAUGGCAGACACUCAGCAUUUGUUGAUUGAAUAAAUGUUAGCUCUUCUCAUUGUGAA